AACUUUGGGCCUGCAAAGUUAUUGCUCUAAGUUCCUUAAAAGAUAGCCGAACUUUAAGCAAAAUGCGCUCUGAAAUAGCCAUUCACAGAAGUUUAUGUCACAAUAAUAUAGUGAAGUUAAACACUUUUUUUCAGGACACUGCAAAUAUCUAUCUUCUUAUGGAACUUUGUUCAAACCAAACUUUAAUGGAAUUGUUAAAAAAAAGGCAGCGGCUUACAGAAUUGGAAGUGCGCUACUUUAUGCUUUACUUAAUAAAAGCAGUAAAAUAUCUCCACGAAAAUAAAGUAAUUCAUCGAGAUCUAAAACUUGGCAAUAUUUUCCUAAACGAAUUAAUGGAAGUAAAAAUCGGCGACUUUGGACUCGCAACGCACCUUCAAAAUCCUUCUGACCGCCGGCGCACUUUAUGCGGUACUCCGAACUAUAUUGCGCCAGAAAUCUUAAAUAAGAUUGGUCAUCGCUAUGAAGUGGACAUCUGGUCUCUCGGCGUUAUUUUAUAUACGAUGCUCGUAGGAAAACCUCCGUUUGAAACUAACAGCGUGAAGGCCACUUGUAACUUAAUAAAAGAAAAUAAAUAUUCAAUACCGCAAAAUAUAAAUAUUUCACAGGAAGCCUCAAGUUUAAUACAAUGCAUGCUUAGCAACGAUCCCAACUCGCGCCCUUCUCUAUGCGAUAUCGCCAGCCAUCCCUUUUUUUAUUCGGGAAAACUCCCACGUUGCUUACCACUAACUACGCUGUCUUCCCCACCAGAAUUUUCAACCAAUGAUUUGCUUCAAUUGUUUCCUCAACACGUGCUUCUUUCGGACUUUACAAAAAACACUACAGCGGCUGUGCAGUUAAAAAACUCACGUAAACUUAUUGGAAAAGAUAUAAUGAAAUCUUCUCUAGAGCCUGUUGGAGAAGAAGAAGAUUUACCUAAAAAUAAACAGGAAAAAAAUAGUUUAGCUGAAGAAGAAUCUAACGAGAAUAUCAAUAGUGAUAAUAAUAAUGUUUAUAGUAAUAAAAAAUAUAAUAAUAAUAUUAAUAAUUACGGUUACGUAAAUUCCAAUAAUCAUCGAAAUACACGUGACAAACAACUCACGAGGAAAAAACAAUCUGUGAAUCUCAUUGGUUUACAUAGACCAGAAGUUCAACCCGCUAAUGGAGUUCUGCCACUGGAAACGAAGCCAUUUAUGAACGACCAAGUAGAUAAGCUAGUCGAAUUAAUUGAUUCGUUGGUUCUUUCCGACUCGACCAGUUUUAAACCUCCAUUAAUUUUAAAUAAAGAAGACGUACCGCCGUUGCUCUGGGUCUCUCGCUGGCUCGAUUAUUCGUCGAAAUACGGGCUCGGCUAUGAACUUAGUGAUGGUAGCAUCGGCGUAUCUUUUAAUGAUUCUACAAAGAUUAUAUGUGAUCCUAAUAAAUGUAUUUUCGAAUACUACGAUGGAGAAAAAGUUUCUGGUUCUCUAACUUCUUAUCCAGAAACGCUUGAAAAAAAAGUAACUUUACUAAAAUAUUAUAAACAGUAUAUCACUGAAAACCUCCUCAUGAGCGGAAGCAAUAUUCCUUCUAUAGAUGAAAAAAACCUUGAAAAAGGCGCCAACUUUGUUUUUUUAAAAAAGCACGUGCGCACGGAUUGUGGAAUGCUUUUUGUAUUGAGUUCGGGAAUCGUUCAAGUGAACUUUUUCGAUCACACAAAAGUUAUUAUAGCGGGUGAAAGUCGUACUGUUAUUUAUAUUAAUGAAGAAAGUUCUUUUCAUAUAUAUCGGCUUGAGAGUAUAGCAAAAGAGACAGCUCCAAAAGUUUACUCAAGGCUCCGUUAUAUUAAAAAAAUUAUGGAGAAAAUAAAAAAACUUUGA